GGAGCUUCAACUUCAACAUCAACUUCUUCUGUGGGUUUCUCUUCUUCAACAAGUUCCUCUUUAGCUGAAACUUCAGCAACUUCAGUUGGUUUGAGCUCAAUGGUUUCUCUUAACUCUUGGAUGACUUCUUCAGUAGGAGCUUCAAUUUCAACAUCCACUCCCUCUGUUGGUUUUUCUUCUUCGAUGAUUUCUUCAUUGGAUUCCACCUCAGAAGUAACUUUGGAAACAACUUCUGUGGUUUCUUUGAUUUCCACAAUAGUUUCUUCAGUAGGAGCUUCAACUUCAACAUCAACUUCUUCUGUGGGUUUCUCUUCUUCAACAAGUUCUUCUUUAGUAUCAACUCCUUCUGAAGGUUUCUCUUCUUCAACGACUUCUUCCUUAGUUGAAACUUCAGCUACUUCAGUUGGUUUGAGUUCAAUGGUUUCUCUAAGCUCUUGGAUGACUUCUUCAGUAGGAGCCUCAAUUUCUACAUCAACUCCCUCUGAAGGUUUUUCUUCUUCAACAAGUUCUUCUUUAGUAUCAACUUCAGAAACAACUUCAACUUGGACUUCAGAGACUUCUUUGAUCUCUUCAGUAGUCUCUUCUUUAGGAGCUUCAAUUUCAACAUCAACACCUUCUGUUGGUUUUUCUUCCUCAAUGAGUUCUUCUUUUGUUUCUACUUCAGAAGUAACUUUGGAAACAACUUCUGUGGUUUCUUUGAUUUCCACAAUAGUUUCUUCAGUGGGAGCUUCAACUUCAACAUCAACUUCUUCUGUGGGUUUCUCUUCUUCAACAAGUUCUUCUUUAGCUGAAACUUCAGCAACUUCAGUUGGUUUGAGCUCAAUGGUUUCUCUAAGCUCUUGGAUGACUUCUUCAGUAGGAGCUUCAAUUUCAACAUCGACUUCCUCAGAAGGUUUCUCUUCUUCAACAAGUUCUUCUUUAGUGUCAACUUCAGAAACAACUUCAACUUGGACUUCAGAGACUUCUUUGAUCUCUUCAGUAGUCUCUUCUUUAGGAGCUUCAAUUUCAACAUCAACACCUUCUGUUGGUUUUUCUUCCUCAAUGAGUUCUUCUUUUGUUUCUACUUCAGAAAUAACUUUGGAAACAACUUCUGUGGUUUCUUUGAUUUCCACAAUAGUUUCUUCAGUUGGUGCUUCAACUUCUACAUCAACUUCUUCUGAAGGUUUCUCUUCUUCAACAAGUUCCUCUUUGGCUUCAACUUCGGAUUGUAAAACAGGUUUGGUUUCAACUAGUUCUUUGAUUUCUUCAAUUGUGUCUUCUUUAGGCACUUCAAUUUCCAGUUCAACACCUACUGUUGGCUUUUCUUCUUCAACAGAUUCCUCCUUGACCUCGACUUUUGUAGCAAUGUCUAUUUGGAUCUCAGAUUUUUCUGUAACUUGUUGGGUUGUGUCCUCAGAUGGUACUUCGAUUUCGACAUCAACACCUUCAGAUGGUGUCUCUUCUUGAAUUAUUUCCUCCUUGGCAGUUACUUCUGACAGUUCAUCAGAUUUGACAACCAAUGUUUCUUUGAUUUCCUCAAUGAUCUCUUCAGUAGGUGCCUCAAUUUCUACAUCAACACCUUCUGUGGGUUGUUCAACUUGGAUUACCUCUUCUUUAGUAUCAACUUCAGAAGCAACAUCAGAUUGGAUUGUUAAGGUCUCCUUAAUUUCUACUGUGGUCUCUUCCUUAGGUGCUUCAAUUUCUACAUCCACACCUUCAGAAGGUUUUUCCUCUUGGAUGAGUUCCUCCUUGGUUUCUACCUCUGAGAGAACAUCCUUUUGCACUUCAAUAGUUUCUUUGAUUUCUUCAAUAGUUUCU